AUGGCAACGAAUAUCGGAAUGAUGGAUGGGGCUUACUUCGUAGGCAGAUCUGAGAUCUUGGCGUGGAUCAACUCCACUCUGCAUCUCAAUCUCAACAAAGUCGAAGAGGCGUGUUCCGGUGCGGUUCAAUGCCAGCUCAUGGAUGCGGUUCAUAACGGUAUGGUGCCGAUGCACAAGGUGAACUUUGAUGCCAAGAGCGAGUAUGAGAUGAUUCAGAACUACAAGGUCCUUCAGGACGUCUUUAACAAACUCAAAAUCACCAAGCACAUUGAGGUGAGCAAGCUUGUGAAAGGAAGGCCGCUGGAUAAUUUGGAGUUCAUGCAAUGGAUGAAGCGAUACUGUGAUUCCGUCAAUGGAGGCAGCAUGAACACUUACAAUGCUCUAGAAAGGAGAGAUGCUUGCAAAGGUGGGAAAGAAGCACAUAAAAGAGGUGCCCAAUCACAAACAUCAGCCAAGGGUGCAGCAGCUUCCCAAAGAUCUCACUCCUCCCACACUGCUCGAAGAAAUGAUGUACCACCUUCUGUGAACUCUACAAGUCAAUCCGGGAAGACCUCGAGACCUGCUUCUAGUGGAGGCCCUGCUCCCCCUGUAUAUGACGAACAGAUCACGGAGUUGAAACUUUCAGUCGAUAGCCUUGAAAAGGAGAGGGAUUUCUACUUCGCAAAGCUCCGGGAUAUUGAGAUACUUUGCCAGAAUCCUGAGAUUGAGCACUUAAAUGUUGUUGCUGCUAUACAGAAGAUUCUUUAUGCUACUGAAGAUGAUGCAUCGGUGGUAGCAGAUGCUCAAGCCAUGUUAUCCCGCCCCUCAAAGGAAGCAGACCUGUUGAGUCCGAUUGCAGAGCUUUCCGAGGAGAAGGUUAGCUCAGAGACUCAAAAGAGGAAAACUUAUCUCAAUCUUGAUGUUGAUGCUGCUGCCAUCACAACAUUAUCUCCCAAGCAAAGGAUUUCUGAUGCUUCUGAUGUCCAUUGUAGUGGGUCACCCCUUAUGACUUACUGA